GGCCUUUACCAAGAUGGCCGCGGCGCCAUCUACCCUACGCGGAGCCAUCUUGGUAAAGGUAAGUGGUAGCGGAAGCCAGGCUCCUGCCUAUUCGCGAUGGCGCAGGGAGGCGGCGGUAGCGGGUCCUGCGAGCUCCCGGAGCUCUACGGCGGGGGCGUCGGGUAGGUGAUGGCUCCCGGGAGGGGGAGCCGGGCCGCCGGCGCCGCGCAGGCGCCACCAUGGUGAGGAGCAGGGCGCUGUGGAGCUGCUGCCUGGAGCUCUGGGCGCUGCCUUCAGCGGCUGGUUUGUCAGGGAGGAGGCAGCAGCCGCGUAACGGCCCCUGCCGGGGAGUCGCGGCGCAGCCGGGGGAGAGGAGCCGCCGCCGCCCCGCCAUGGAGGAGGGGGACGACGGGAGCGCCCGGCCGCAGCCCGAGCGCUCUUCACCAAAAGACAUGGAUGAGAAGGCAGACGAAGAGCAAUCUUUGACUGCAUGUAACCAGUACCCUAAGGAGGCAGUAAGGAAACGACAAAAUUCAAAUCGAGGUUCCAGAGGCAGUGACUCCUCUAGGACGUCCAGAAAAAGCUUCAGACUGGAUUACAGAUUAGAGGAAGAUGUAACUAAAUCAAAGAGAGAUAAAGAUGGAAAGUUUGUAAACCCUUGGACAACAUGGAAAUCUCCAUCCUUGCCAAAUAUUUUGAAAUGGGCCCUCGUGGAAAAAAAUAACAGCAACAUCCCAUCUUCAAAGCAGGAACUUGAAAAAGAGCUUCCUGUGUUAAACCCUUACUUCAUUCCAAACCCUGAACUAGUUGGUAAGACUGGAACUGGCAUGCGAGUCACAUGGUUAGGACAUGCCUCAGUUAUGGUGGAAAUGGAUGGACUUGUAAUUCUUACUGACCCCAUCUUCAGCCAGCGGGCUUCCCCAGCACAGUUUGUGGGUCCAAAACGUUUCCGAGGACCUCCAUGCACAGUAGAUCAGCUCCCAAAAAUAGAUGCAGUGAUGAUCAGCCACACCCACUAUGACCAUUUGGACUAUAAUACUGUAGAGCAUUUAAAUGAGCGCUUUGGCACUGAGUUGAGAUGGUUUGUGCCUCUGGGUCUUUUAGAAUGGAUGCAGAAAUGUGGCUGUGAAAAUGUGAUUGAACUGGACUGGUGGGAAGAGAACUGUGUCCCUGGUCAUGACGCAGUUACUUUUGUCUUUACUCCUUCUCAACACUGGUGCAAGAGGACUGCAACAGAUGACAACAAGAUUCUUUGGGGCAGCUGGUCUGUCUUGGGGCCCUGGAAUAGGUUUUUCUUUGCAGGGGAUACUGGUUACUGUGUUGCUUUUGAAGAGAUAGGUAAAAGAUUUGGACCUUUUGAUCUUGCAGCUAUUCCCAUUGGAGCUUAUGAGCCAAGGUGGUUUAUGAAAUACCAGCAUGUGAAUCCUGAAGAAGCUGUAAGAAUUCAUAUUGAUGUUCAGACAAAGAAGUCCGUAGCGAUUCAUUGGGGCACCUUUGCUUUAGCAAAUGAGUAUUACUUGGAUCCUCCAAUUAAACUGAAUGAAGCCCUUGAAAGAUAUGGCUUGAAACCGGAGGAUUUCUUUGUCUUGCACCAUGGAGAAUCACGAGACUUGAAUAUAAACGAUGAUGGAUUUGAAUAAUAAUUUAAAAUCUGGUAAUUCUUUGAGCUUUGUUUUGAUUGAUAAUUUCAUUAUAGGGUUCUGAAACUUUCUAAAAAUUUGUACUGGAUUUUUAGACUCCAGGUUUGUUAAUUUCAGAGGUAAAAAUUGUAUACCUGCUUGAUCACACAAUUGUUUAUAAUCUGAAUGGCAUAUUGAGAGAUGAUUUAAACACUGGCUAAUGUACAAGACAUUGUCUAUAAAUGCCUUGUUUCAACUAUGUACAUCAACCAAAAAAAUGCUUUAUUUUAAUUUUCAUAUGAUUAAGGGGUGGAAUCUUCCAACUGUUGUGAAAGCAUGUUUAAAGUAAAAUACUGAUUUUAUUGAAUGCCUGUAUGUUUGCAUUUCAGGAGAAACUAAAAAUGAGUUUAAAAAUGAUCUAAAGAAAUGUGCCUUUUUAAAGAGAUAUAUUAAGAUUUGCAUCAUUAAUGCAUAAUUACUGCUGGCCAGAAUAUCUGUACUCUUUCAUUAUUUUAAAAUUAGUCUUUAUCAUAUAUUUCUCAAAGAAGGAGUACUUGUGGCACCUUAGAGACUAACAUUUAUUAGAGCAUAAGCAUAAGCUUUCAUGAGUUACAGCUCACUUCAUCUGAUGAAGUGAGCUGUAGCUCAUGAAAGCUUAUGCUCAAAUAAAUCUUAGUCUCUAAGGUGCCACAAGUACUUUUUUCUUUUUGCAAAUACAGACUAACACGGCUGCUACUCUGAAGCCUAUAAAUAUUUGUAUUGUUUUGAGAUACUCAUUUUGCUCCGAUCUGAAGUCAUGAUUCAGCCUUUUAUUUCUGUAUUUUUUAUUUUUUUUCAAAUAAGCAGGGGGAACUAAUGGCAUUCUCAGAUACAGGCGAUGGAAGACUUUUCACAGCUUCCAUAUGGUUUUACUAAGAAUGCUGUGGGAUUAUAAAAUUUGUGCAGUAUUGUAAAACUUGGCAAAAUGCAUCUGUAUCAAACUGCCCUACUGAGUUACAAAAUAAAGUUAUUGCCAGCAAAA